UUCAUCUCCAACACGAUCUCCUUCUCUGAGAGACGGCGGCGACGAGGUUUAGGGAUGAUGGUCGGCGGCAUGAAGUGAGUAUCGGACGGCGGCGCGGCGAGCAGAUCUGAGGCAUGGAGAAGAGCAGCAAGAGCAGCAGUUACUGGGAGGAUGAGUAUGCACAAGAGCAGCAGCACAAUUCAGUUAGAGAAGAGCAGCAACAACAUUCAGAGGAGCAGCAGGUUCAUGCAAAUGCAGAGGAGCAGCAACAAUAUGUAGGUGCAGAGGAGCAGCACCAAUAUGUAGGUGCAGAGGGGCACAUGGAAGAACCAGAACCUUGGAAAUUUUCCAACAUGUAUUACCAGCCUAGAAGGACAUCUAAAUUAACAGUUAGUAGAGGAAAAUCAAGUGUAGUUGAGGAGGAAGUAAAUAGUGGCAGUGAUUUAUCUGAUAGUGACUAUGCUAUCCCCCCUUCAGAAAGCAACAGCUCAGCAUCUGAUGAUGAGGUCUUGGAGAUGAGAAAAUAUGCAAAAGAAUUGAAGGAGAAAGUGAGAAAGAACAUGUUGAGAGAAGAUGAGGGCAAAACAUGCAAUGUGUCUGAUGAUUUUAUUGUGCCUGAAAACUCUUGGCUAGAUGAUUCAGAUGGAGAAGGUACACCAUACUUUGAAAGUGAUGACGAUAUGUCAUAUGAUGAAGGCAGUGCCUGAAAACUCUUGGCUAGAUGAUUCAGAUGGAG